AUGACUAAACCCCAGCUGAUACUCAUCCCCGGCGCCUGGCACACACCCUCCGCCUUCCUCCCUCUGAACACGAAAUUGAACGCUCUUGGGUACACAACGCGUGCGCGCCAACUUGCCUCCGUCGGCAGCACUGAUCAUCCUACUACCGAUCUCUCAGCCGACAUCGCAAUCGUGCGCUCUAUGAUAGACACCGCUAUCGGCGCCUCCGGUAACGACGUCGUCGUAAUAGCCCACAGUUGGGGCGGCAUCGUUGCCAGUAGCGCACUCGUCGGCUUCGGAAAAACCGAGCGAGAAGCUCUAGGAAAAAAGGGUGGAGUGGUGAGAUGUGGAUAUAUUGCUGCUAGCAUGCUACCUGAAGGUGUCAGCCUAAUGGACUCGAUGAACCACACUUUUCCUCCCUGGUGCAAGAUUUCCGGACCACACGUCCUCCCCCUGGACCCGUAUAUUUUCUACUCCGACCUUCCUCUCGACGAACAGGCGUACUGGUUUUCGCAAAUCCAACCGCAUUCGCUGGCGAGCGCUUAUGCGAAGACGACGGGGGCGGCGUGGAAGAAUAUUCCGAGCAGUUAUUUGGUUUGUGAGGAGGAUAAGUCUAUGCCGGUCAUCGCGCAGGACAAGAUGAUUGAGGUGGUGAGGGCGGAAGGUGCGGAGGUGCAGGUGACUAGGCUGGCGUGUGGGCAUAGUCCUUUUCUGAGUCGUGUGCAAGAGACGGUUCAGUGGGUUAGGAGGGUCGCUGGGGAGGACUUUUGA